UAUUAUAGUUAUCGCCACUUAUUAUAACCAUUAUAUCAAAUGAUUGUAUUGUUUAGACCUCAGCAGACAAUGAAGACAUUGAAGACAGUGUGCGGUCGGCGUUGAUGUCCGGAUCACAUGUGAACCAUGUCUUCAAUAUAUCGAUGCAAUAGAAGUAAUAUAAGGAAUGGGAGGACAAGAAAUCGUUAUGACAGCGAAGACGACAACAUCGCUAUCGAUUGGACUAAACCACUGAACGAGAAUUUGCAAGAAAUCUUAUAUAACAUCACCCGAAGGGAUGGUGUGUCGAAAGGGCAGCGUUUGGCUUAUCUCAACCUAUUCACCAAAUUUUGUAGUCGUGUUCCGACCAUAUCUAAGGAUGUUUGCGGACUCACUAUCGAUGAGAUAUUUUGCUGCAUACGAGUGGCCCUUUUCCACGAGGCCGGAGAGGUCAGGGCUGCGGGUCUUCGGGCGAUGCGAUACCUGUUGCGCGACGAAGAGUCGGCCGAAUCUGUGUGUCGCGUGAAUCUGCCGUUACUUAUAUGCCGCUCGAUUGACAUCGUUUUGGACAAUCGGUUGGAGCGAAUCCAGGCCUUACGUCUAGUCCGACAGUUGCUGUCUCUGUCGCCAAAGAGGUUUCCGGCGGCCAUUACUCACUGCUUGGUGUCGAUCGCCAAAGACGGCGUCCAAGAGAGGGAUAUGAUAGUGAGAGCGUGUUGGGCAACAGUCGCCGAACUCACUGUUAUGAAUCCGGAGUUGAGUCAAGCGUCCGGCGGUUUGAGUGCUAUCAUCAAAAGUGUGUUGCAGUCCAACCAAACCAAUCACAUCAGCGAAGCCCUAAUCAGUUGUGUCCUAUUUUUGCUCAAUUCAUCGAAGACACGACACCUGAUUCGUUCGGAUCUGGAUUUGCAGCACUUUGUGGCCCCGUUUACUGAUGUCCACGGAUUUGGCGGUGAAUAUUGUGAUAGUCAUGAACAGAGAGUACAGCGCUAUACGGCCAGUAAGAACGCUAUACUAUCGAUACUGCGGUCGUGGCCGGGGAUUGUGUACAUGUGUCGUGUGUCCCAUCACUUCAGUGUGUUUACGGCCUAUAGUGUGGUCGACAGGAGUAAUGGCAUGAUUAGUGAGACCAACAGUAGUGACAUUCCUAACGGUAUCGAAGCGCUCAUAAAUAUGCUUCACUUGCCAUACCCUGUGAUCCAACGCUAUAUUCUUGAACUCCUGUUUGAACUCUUCUAUCUGUCGACUCCCGAGUGGACCGACGACUUCACUGCGGCUCUAAUGUCAUCAGACAUAUCGUCAAUGCAGAACACGUGGCAACUCUACGAUGGCUUCGUUGCCGCAGAAGGAAAGGCUAUUUUGCCAUUUAUUACUAAAAAUAGAGUCAAUCUUAUGAACAACUAUUUGGCACUACUUUUGCAAUCAUUCAUAAACUAUGGUCUCAUAGAAGCCAUUGUAUCAGUAAUUCUCAAUUUAAACGACAGCUGCUCUUCAGUGUCCGCUACUAUACUAUUGGGAGAACUGUUACAUCUGUCGAGUUGUCUCUUGCCGUCCGACUGUUCCCAUAGGUGUCAGAGUUUGCCAACACUGAUGACCGCGUCGAUGAGCUCAUCGCCUAAGAAGCGUGAGUUAGCCAAUGCCUGCAUCUCUAAUCUGAACCGUAUUCACGAACUCAAGAAGAGAGGACCCGUUCCCUGCAGUCUAUAUUUGGAUCAAUUGCUUCAGUUCUGUCAUCCGUCUCAACAAAACAAUACAAAUAAUAAGUUAACCAAAAGUAAACUCAGAAGUCAUCUGAAGAAGAACGCCGACGAAGCGGUCAUUCAAAUGAUUAAAAACUGUCAGAUCCUGAGGAGAGAGUACACGAAUUGGGACUUCGAUCUGAUCGACAGUAUAUUGCGAUGGCCUGGAGAUGCUCUCAAGAAACUGGAGGACAAUAACCACAAAGCAUUCAUCAGGAAAUUGCUUCAAUUUUAUAAGCCAUCGAACAAACAGUUCUCACAAAUCAUUAAUACCGACGAAAGGGAACGGAUUAUGUGUGUCGUCGGCCAACACUUCCUCGACUUUCUGCUCGACGCCGACGACUCCAAAGUUCACGAAUACGUCGACGAGUUUUUCCACGAUUUGGACACUUGUUUCGCACAAAUAGCGGUCGAAACGCCGCCGCAGAACGCGAUUCUAAGCCCCGGCCGACUGCUCAGCACUUUAAGUCACUCCUACUUCCUGUUCAUCGGAAGGCUUACGAACUCAAACAAAGGCAAGAAAUGGCUCGAAAAGACUGCUAUAUAUCAGUAUUUUCUGGAUUUGGUUAGUCUUUCCUCGCAUGACGUCUAUAUGAAGCAAAUCGUUUCAUCGCUCGACUACUCAACCGAAGUGAACAACUUUUCGCGAACUCUUCUCAACAAAGUGUUGACAUCGGUGUCGGAAACGGCCCGACUCUAUGCAACCAAUUAUUUACGGGUUUUGCUGAGAGCACAGGUCUGUGAUUACAGCAAAUGGGCGAUUGAACUCUUAGUGCUGCAGCUCUACGACAAGUAUGCGGCCGUUUCGUUGGCAGCCAUCGAUAUUCUUCAGGAGUCGUGCGAUUCGGCCGAAAAUCUGGAGAUUUUAAUCCAAUUGCGUCCGUCUUUAUUGCAUUUGGGAGAUAACGGACUCUUACUGUUAGUGCGAUACCUGUCUCUCCCGUCGGGCUUUAAAUUCCUUCGCGACGCCAACUUCAUUGACUUCGAGUUGAGUCGAUGGCAAAGAAGUUUCAAUUUAAAGUACGUUAAGAUUGUUGAGGAUCUGCUCAACGAGUGCUUUACGUGUCAUAAUCGCAGCGAAGACGGAACUUAUGGCCGCCGAAGCGAUAAGAAGAACUCAACGCAUAAGACAGCAUUCAUUCCGCCUCAUCUGUACGGCCAGUUGGCGCACACCAGCGAUGGCUACGAAUUGCUCCUAAAGGAGGACUGUCUGUCACCACACUAUGAUGUGAUUCGUUCGCCUGAUAUUAACACUGAAUUAGGAAUAAUUAAACUGAAAGCCGCUCUUUGGGCGGUCGGACACGUGGGCGCCACUCAUCUCGGCUUUCAAUUGAUAAGUGAGGCCGAAAUGGUGCUAACGAUCGCCCGAAUGGCUUCUCAAUCGUCGAUUCUGUCGGUGAGGGGAACGUGUUUUAAUGUCUUGUGUUUAUUCGCCUCAACCUAUGAGGGCUCGGAAGCGCUCCAAGAGUUUGGUUGGGAAUCCAUUCGUCACUCACAUCACGAGAAGUUUUGUUUAGUCGAAGAACCAAAAGUGGACGGAUUGAUGAACUUUCUGAACGAGAAUCGCGGCCACGCCUGGUCUGUGAGCACCGGUUCCCAUGGAUUCGACUUCGGAAAGGACUUCGAUAUGACACCCGACAAGUUUGUGUCAUUUGGUUUUAACUCAACGGACGCCACAUAUUCUGGAAGUUUGCCUUCGCUUACAGUGGAAGCAAACGGCGAUUUAAGAACCAAAAAGAUAUCGUUACCCACAAAAGUAUUGCCACGAGUUAUGAGUCUAUCUCCACACCACUACCGGUCGGUAAUCGAUUCCCGGCCGCGAUCUUCAUCCGAAACACCGAAGACUACUCAACAAAAGGACACGAAUAACACGGAUGCGGACGAGAGUGACGGUAGUUCUGGCAUUUGGAUCAGACAGAAAAGUAGCGAAUCUGUUGUUAACUCAACCAUUUCUUCAUCAGAUAUAGAUUCUUCCGGUUCCACACUUAAGCCCGAACGACACGACAGCGGUGUCAUCGCAGACACAGCCACUCCACAGUCCACUCCCGUCAACGCGUGUCUCACACAAAGACAACAGUCGACUCUUGCGGUACAGGAGACGCCUAAACGAAAGAUAUCGGAACCAUUGGGCGUAUGCUAUGGCGUAUUGGCCAGAGAAGAGAGAAGUGAUAGCAAUGAGAGCUCUCAUAACAGUUCGGGUAAAAGUCGUUCGGGAAGUUUCGCCGACUCGACCUCCGGUGUGAGCGCCUGUUCUUACGACUCGCAAACACUCACACCGUCUCAAAGGCAACGAAACAAUUUGAGUCCAAUCGCGAGUCUGUCCUCAAUUAGUAACUCAACGCUGAGCGCAACGCUUAGGUCUUCGCUGUCCUCCGCGAUGGCCAGCAAUACAUUGCCGCGAAUCGGAUCCAAGAUAUUUGUCGCCAAUCAAUUAGAAGCACUGAAUGCCAGCGAAUCGAUUCCCAGUGCUGUCGACGCUUACGGGUAUCAAACACUUCGGGCGAUACAGAAGCGAAGGGUUCAGUCACUGUCUGCCGCCUCUUUCGAUGACCGGCGCUCUUCCGAAGAGACGGAGGACACGAUCCGAGAGAGAGUCGAAUCUAUGGUUACAUUUGAGCGCAAGAAUUCCCAAAUGGAUUACAAUGAAAGAAGUGAUUCACCCGAAAGUGAGAUGAAGUUAUUUAUGGGACUCUGUUUACCGAAGACACUGUUCCUUAUCUUCGAAGUGGAAAGCGAAACACAUAAGAAAACCAAUGUUUCGGUAAAAACUCCUAUGAAUGAGACGUUGAAUAUUCCGCCGCAAGUACUUAAUCGGCGGGAAAUUCUGCGGUUUGUGACCAAUUUGGGGGGCGCUGUGCACGCGAAACAGGCCGAACAGGGACUUCUCAAUUUGAAGCAGAAGUGUUCGCAAGCAUUUGAAGACAUUUGUCUUUAUUCCGAAGUGAGUCUUCAACUGUCGACUUAUAAUUUCCGAAUGUCUGCGCGACGUUUCCUACAAGAACUCUUCCUCGACGUCCAUUUCGAUCAGAUAUACACCGAAGCGGACGCUAUAGUGCGAGGACUGGCGACCCAGAUAUCGGAUGCCGGUGUGAAUGGUGUGAAUAAAUUAACUAACACUUCAAAGUCAGGAGAUAAUUAAGAUUCUGUGAUUCGACAACAAGUGCCACAAAAAUGCAUUACAAAUACCAAAACAUUAAGAAUAUAAUCAUUAUUAUUAUUAUUAGAAGUCCUCUUCAGAACGUGUUAUCAUAUAUUUAGGAAGACUUAGUUUUUUGGUUUAAAAUUUAUUUUUCACUCAAAAAAGUGAUGCAAACCUCUCUUCUCUCAUCAAUUGUACAGUAUUUUUAUUACUA